GGGCGGGGCGGGCCGGCGGCCGCUCGGCGGCGGGCCGGGGCGGACGGCGGAGCGCGGGAGGUGGUGGUGGUGCCCGCCGGGAGGCCGCCGGAAAUGAAACCAGGAAGUAAUGUGAAGGGCCAUGUGAAGCUCCUGCAUAGCAGAAAUUUGCUAAAAGAUUGCUUUACCUAUGGAUGUUACCAAAAUGGAGAACCACUUCCCCAAAGCUGUUUCUCUGUCUGUGAAGAUUCAAGUGGAAUAAUUUCAGAAAUUGAGAAGGGAUAAGUGGAAGGAGAAAAUGUUGGGCUGGUGCCAAGCGAUAGCUCGUAACCCUCACAGACUUCCAAACAGCACAAGAACACCCGAGGUCUCAGGUGAUGCUUCGCAUAACUCUACUCUGAAUGACAAAUCCCCAGGGCGUUCCACAAGUCGAUCAAGUAAUAUUUCAAAGGCAAGCAGCCCUACAACAGGAACGGCUCCCAGGAGUCAGUCACGAUUGUCUGUCUGCCCUUCCACUCAGGACAUUUGUAGAUCUACUACUUUGCAUGAUUUGUCAGAAGAUGAGCUUGAACAUGCAACCCCUGUCAUGGUGCUGACCCCUUCUAAUAGGGAGUCUGGUAAGAAACAAGUGAAACGAAGGUUUAGGCGGAAAAGAGAGACUGGAGACAAUGGUGAGCAUGCAGAAAAGCAAGGAAAGGGGAAAGACUGCAGAUUACAUCCCGAGGUUGCAAAAUCCAGCUGGAAUGCAUCUGAUUCAUCAUCAUCCUCAGAUGAGAGUCAGUGGGCUCAGGCUAGGAGGAGAGCAAGAGAAAAAGCCAGAUUGUCCAGGAGAGGGAGAAGGAAUAAGGGAUCAUGCAGUAACCAGGAUGGGUCCUCAAACAAUAACGCUGUUGAACUUGUCACUCUGGAGACAACGGGGAAAAAGAAGCAGGACAUAUCUGACCCUGAGAAUCCUACUUUAAAUCAUCGCAGAAGAAGGAUUCCAAGGUUUAAGGAAUCACAAUCUUCAGCAUCAUCUCAGGAAGCGAGGAAUUCCUCACAAAAAUGUCGAAAAAGCAAAGAGAAAAGUUAUUGCAGAGAUGAGCAGCCUGCAUCUUCGUGCCUCGGACACAAUAAAGACAUCAAGGACUGCUUUGCGGAGGCAGGCUCUGGCAGUGAUGCUCUAGCUGCCCCAGACGAUGGAGCACCUUUUGGGGCAGGGCCCACAGUGACUGACACUGCUCAGAAGCCUCCAGUGUUGUAUGAUGACUGGUCUGAUGAUUUAGAAGUAUGCAGGAUCUGUCACUGUGAGGGAGAUGAUGAAAGUCCCCUCAUCACACCGUGUCGCUGCACAGGGACCUUGCGCUUUGUACAUCAGGCCUGCCUGCACCAGUGGAUUAAGAGCUCAGACACACGCUGCUGUGAACUCUGCAAGUACGACUUUAUAAUGGAGACCAAGCUCAAACCUCUUCGGAAGUGGGAAAAACUACAGAUGACGACAAGUGAGAGGAGGAAAAUAGUUUGUUCAGUCACAUUCCAUGUAAUUGCAAUUACCUGUGUUGUCUGGUCAUUGUAUGUCUUAAUUGAUAGAACCGCAGAGGAAAUUAAACAAGGCAAUGAUAAUGGUGUCCUCGAAUGGCCGUUUUGGACAAAACUCGUGGUGGUGGCCAUUGGAUUCACAGGAGGCCUCGUCUUCAUGUACGUGCAGUGUAAGGUUUAUGUUCAGCUGUGGCGCAGGCUGAAAGCCUACAACAGAGUGAUCUUUGUUCAGAACUGCCCAGACACCGCCAAAAAACUGGAGGAGAAGAACUCUUCGUGCACUCAGAGCUCGGAUGUCAAGGAUGCGGUGGUGGUGCCAGUAGCACAGACAGGUACAAACUCUCAGCUGGCAGCUGAAGAAAUGACAUCUGAGGUCAUGCCAGUUUGAUGGAGACAGCAUUGUUUCUUCCUUGCAGAAUAAGGCAUAGUGUUUUCUACACUACAAAUGCUGAAAGAGAGUAGAAACGACUGUGCAUUUUUUUGAGUAAAAACACAAAAAACAAAUCCCUAUGAGGAAAACGGAUCCAGCAAAGCAACUUGUUACUGUAUGGAAUGUGACCAUUUGUGAAGUAGUUUCUCAACUAGUCAGCAAGUGUAGUGAAAGUGGAAGUGUAGAAAGUGCAAUAGAGAACAGGUUUAACAGACAAUGCCAAACUAAUGUGACGAGAUUAUAAUUAUUUUUUUUAACAGAAGAAGAUUGGGUGGCCGGGCUAGUAAACACAGACCUGCUAUAACCAUUUUGUUUACAGGAAACAAAACCAAACCUUUCAACUGUUUACUACUGAAAGUUGUAUUUGCUAUUUACCUUCCUAAAGAUACACUUCAAAAGUGUACCGCACAAAAUAUAUGCAUUAAGAGAAUCGAAGGAUAAAGAGCUGUACUGCAGUACGUGAAGUAACAGAUGUUUGUGCGACUCCAGCAGAGCCUGAAUGUUUGGGCAGCUGUGUCAACUGAGGAUACGUGAAACAUUUCAAGGGUAGCACUGUUUUAGAAUAUGCCUGAAUUUUUGACAAGUAGGCAGUUCCAGCCAGCAGAAACUCAUGUCUCCAUAGGGUACAGAUAUGUAACUGCAGCUGUCAGCAAAACAAGUGCGGGAAGGAGAAAAAUAGUAGAUAAUGUAUUUAGAGCGGCAGCUCAGCUGUUUCUUUUAUUUUGUAAGAGUGAAUUCAAUUUAUUUUUUUCAUAAAUUGGAUACACAAAGUUUUGAGGCAAAACUAUAAAUUAAAAAUGCAUGCAAAACCAUAGAAUUAAAUUGCUAUUAGCAAAGGUCUGAGAAAGGAUUACACUGGGAAGACAAAAAGCAUUUUUCAUUUCAAGCUUGUAAGAUUCGUGAUACAGAAGGUAGACAUGAAAGAAUAUAAGUAGGUGUCUUAAAGGAAUAUUAGUUCUUAUUCCCCUGUUCUGAAAAGUUAGUUUUUAUCUUCCUGACUGCAGAAAUAAACCACUGGUUUCUCUCUGUACAGGUAAACUUGAAAUGUUAGAUAUUCAACAGUUCAGUUGUUAACUUCAUGUUUUGAGCAUUCUCAUAUAAGGAUGAAGUGCAGAUAGCAUUAAAGGGUGCAAUAGAUAAAUGAAUGUAGAUGUAAUACUGUGUCCAACAGGCUGAAUUACGUAAAGAACACAUUUUGUGAUUUGCUUCUCAUAUCAGUGAUGUUUACCAUCAGGACAGGACAGCAAGGACCGACUUGGGGUAGUUAUGUGUUGGCUUAGACAAUUAUAUGGCUUGAACUUACGUAUAUUUAAAAAGUAAUGUUUAAAGGUUUGGAUUCUUUUUUUCUUUCUUUGUAUUUAGCUAAGCAAGAAAAGCAAACAGGCAAAUAAAGAACCAGAGUAAAGAGAGUAAGAAAGCACAGGUUCAUUCACAAGAGGAAUUUGCUGUAUUUGCCAUGAACCGGUCUUCUACAGAACCCUUGCAGUUUCUAAUGGUAAAUUUCCUCUUUACAUGUUCAAACACCUCCAGUUAAAUAACAGAAUCAUCACAUUCUCCCAAAUAUAAAGGGUGCUGGGCCGAUUGUGUACUGAAAUUCAUCUGUUAGGUGUUUCUUUGUGACUGAUUAAUGGCUUAAGGCUCAGGGACCACUGGAAAUGGCAGUAUUAGUGAGAAUUUAUCUUUUCUCAGAGCAUUGUAUUCCUCUUUUAGAAUCACUUGUGUAAUGUGGCUGUAACUAAGUGCCAUCUGGCUAGAUGGGACACAAAGUCUCAGUGCCUGAAUAGGUCUGAAGUACGUAUUAGUAUUUGGUCGAAGUUAUUCUGGGUGGGUUGGAUUAAUGUUUGAGUCUUUUCUUAUAAAAUGACUUUCCAAUUACACACUAUCAGAAAUGGAAUUCUAACAGCUUCCAUUUGAAAUCAGAUAAGUGAGUACCCAAAUAAUUUCUGUUUAUAAUUGCAGAGAAAACUUUACAAGGUCUGUAGGAAACUGUGACAAGUACUAAGGACUGCCUUGUAAUUGCACAUGCUUAAGGUGGUUUUCUAAUAGUGUAUAUCUACUUGCUAAAAAGUAAAUCUCAUGAUACCUGAAGCAAGUCAGACACUUAAAAUCAGUGGAUGCAUCUACACAUCUGGAGUUAUGUCUACAAUUAAACCUGAUGAAUCACAGCAAAGUUGGUUGACAAAAAAAAAAAGCAUUACGUAAGUACUGGAAAAUGUUGUGCUGUCAUCUAAGUGGCAGUGACCUUGCUAUUUGUUCCUUAACCUGCUGUAGUGUCAUCGCCCCACUAAAAGUGGCCCAUGUUUUGACAGCUUACCAGAGACUAAUUCAUUGUUCUGUUCUUGAACAAGCAUAAAGUUCAAAUUAAAGAAAAAUAAAUACUUGGGGCUUCUGAAAGCAGAUCUGUGCCAUCCAGUAAGAUUACUACUCCUUUUUGUUUGUUUGUUUGUUUUUUGUUUUUAAUACACUUAAGAGUCAGCAACAGAACAACCUGCAAAGCCAUUUUAUACUGACAGCUUCAAAACACCAUUCUGGCACUCACGCGUAUGUGCAAAUGAGCUUACAAUUCAUUGCAAGAAUGGAGGAAGACUUUGGUUGAAAUUCUUCCAUUCCCUUUGAAAUAUUUAUUGGACAGCAGGAAAAGCAGCAGAAGGACACUGGCUGCUGCACCGUGCAGCAGUAACAGAGAUUACAGCAGCUUUGAAACACUGUUUAAACUCUGUGAAGCAUUACAGUAUUAGCCCACGCAUCUCAUUCGGUGCAGUGGAUGUUUUAGAGCUUUCAGGGAUUUCAUGCUGGUUUGGAAUUUGUUUCUGUAGCAGGGUGAGACCUCUUCAAGAGGGCAAGGAGCUAUCCACACCAACAUGCCUUAGAUGCAGGUCUGCAUGAGUAAUGGUGGAGCAUGAAUUCAGAUGCUAGACAGCUGCUUAUCAACCAAUGAGUUUUCUUUCCCACAAAAAGGGCAGCUUUCUAAGCUGCAAAAACAGCAUCCUGAAAAUUUUAAGAGACAUUCUAAGUUUGUUUGUUUGUUUUUUUAAAUGAAAUGAGGUAUCAAAUACAGAUUGGUAUCAAGCUACCUGUGUAGCCACUACAUCUCAGGCAAACAAACUCCCCAACAGUGGAAUUUAGCUUGGCUACAAUCUUCCAAGGGCUGAACCUUGCUCCAAGCUGCCAUUACUGAGAAGAGCCUAAUCUGCAUUUCUGUUUAAGUGAAGUUUCAAUGAAGGUAGGUGGAAUUAAUCUGGUGUGAGAGCUCAGAUUUUAAACAAGAUACUUCUAAUCUGUGGACACGCACGUUUCUUCUCUUGGUUUAAGUUACAAGCAUUAUGAAGUUUAUUUCAACCUGGCAUAAAUAUACCAUUUUUGACUAUCAUUAGCAUUACGAAGAUUAUCAACUAGUCCAAUUGUGCCAUUCACACACUGCUUUAUCUGAAAGCAGUGCUUAUUUUUAUUGUGUAGAAAGAAAUAGUAAGUUCCCCAUCACCAGGACAAACCAUUUAUAAUUUCUAAUAAUGUGAUGAAACUUUAUGAUGAAAGUAUUUUACUGUGUAUAAUAUUUGGAACUACAAGUUUGUGUUACUUGUUCGACUCCCUCUCUUUUGCAAAAGAAAAAAAUGUAUGUUUUUUGUGGGUGAAUGUGUACUGAAAGACAGGAAGUAAGGGAAACAAAAGUAAUAUAUCUGCUUAUUGUUGUGAACAAAAAUGUAUUUGUAUUAAACAAAUGAUCCAAA